CCCAGCUGAGAGCACCUAGCUCAUAGAUUCUCUGUGGGGAGAGUGAAUAAAGGUUCUAACUGAAAACCCAAACCAAGAAAUAGCAACAAGUCUAGAAUUCUUACUACUACAAAACUCACCUGGAUCCCUAAGGGCACAGCAAAGAAUGAGCUAUUACGGCAGCAGCUAUCAUAUUGUCAAUGUGGACCCAAAAUACCCAGGCUACCCGCCAGAGCACAUUAUAGCUGAGAAGAGAAGAGCAAGAAGACGAUUACUUCACAAAGAUGGCAGCUGUAAUGUCUACUUCAAGCACAUUUUUGGAGAAUGGGGAAGCUAUGUGGUCGACAUCUUCACCACUCUUGUGGACACCAAGUGGCGCCAUAUGUUUGUGAUAUUUUCUUUAUCUUAUAUUCUCUCGUGGUUGAUAUUUGGCUCUGUCUUUUGGCUCAUAGCCUUUCAUCAUGGCGAUCUAUUAAAUGAUCCAGACAUCACACCUUGUGUUGACAACGUCCAUUCUUUCACAGGGGCCUUUUUGUUCUCCCUAGAGACCCAAACCACCAUAGGAUAUGGUUAUCGCUGUGUUACUGAAGAAUGUUCUGUGGCUGUGCUCAUGGUGAUCCUCCAGUCCAUCUUAAGUUGCAUCAUAAAUACCUUUAUCAUUGGAGCUGCCUUGGCCAAAAUGGCAACUGCUCGAAAGAGAGCCCAAACCAUUCGUUUCAGCUACUUUGCACUUAUAGGCAUGAGAGAUGGGAAGCUUUGCCUCAUGUGGCGCAUUGGUGAUUUUCGGCCAAACCACGUGGUGGAAGGAACAGUGAGAGCCCAACUUCUCCGCUACACAGAAGACAGUGAAGGGAGAAUGACAAUGGCAUUUAAAGACCUCAAAUUAGUCAAUGACCAAAUCAUCCUGGUCACCCCGGUGACUAUUGUCCACGAAAUUGAUCAUGAGAGCCCUCUAUAUGCUCUUGACCGCAAAGCAGUAGCCAAAGAUAACUUUGAGAUUUUGGUGACAUUUAUCUAUACUGGUGAUUCCACUGGAACAUCUCACCAAUCUAGAAGCUCCUAUGUUCCCCGAGAAAUUCUCUGGGGCCAUAGAUUUAAUGAUGUCUUGGAAGUUAAGAGGAAGUAUUACAAAGUGAACUGCUUACAGUUUGAAGGAAGUGUGGAAGUAUAUGCCCCCUUUUGCAGUGCCAAGCAAUUGGACUGGAAAGACCAGCAGCUCCACAUAGAAAAAGCACCACCAGGUCGAGAAUCCUGCACAUCAGACACCAAGGUGAGACGAAGGUCAUUUAGUGCAGUUGCCAUUGUCAGCAGCUGUGAAAACCCUGAGGAGACCACCACUUCCGCCACACAUGAAUACAGGGAAACACCUUAUCAGAAAGCUCUCCUGACUUUAAACAGAAUCUCUGUAGAAUCCCAAAUGUAGUCCUAAAUUGCGAUUAUGAGGGCUACCACUGAAUCAUUUUAUCUUCCAGCCAAUCAAGUCAUUGUAAACAUGGCUUUUUUGAAAGUGUUAUAGCUACGUUUUAUGAUGAUGCUGGGUAAGUAGAGUAAGUUAAACUGGGUAAAAGAUAAUCUAAAAAUUCCAUAGUUCUCAGUUAUUAAAAUUUUUCUUGUUAGCCAAUGUUGUAUUAAGAAUGCUAUUAAGAAGCCUAAUUGAUUAAAAUUUAUCUUUUUUAUUAUCUUACAUACUUGUAUCUUCAGUUGGAGGUGUAGUAUUCAAAAAAUGGGGAAUGAAGACAGGAAGGAGGCUGGAAUAAAUAAAAAUAAAAAUAGACAAGUAAGACAGCAUAAAUAAUACAUUUUUAAAUAUGUCAACAUUGAUAAUACAAUGAAGAUUUGCCCUAAAAAGUAUCAUAUCUAACCAAGAUAUGCAAAAGAUGCAUUCAGUAAGCUGUAAUGUUGAGAAAUAUAACUGUGAAAUCAGCUCACCAUUUCAAGUCACUAGGUUCGCCACUUGGACUGUCUUGGUUUCAGCGAGCAUAGCGAGUGGCUGUAAGAAAUUGUCCAUGCCACCAGUUCCAUUGCCUCUUGCCCAGGUAGUGAUCAAUGAGAGCUAGAAGCGAUUUUCUUCUCUAACAGAUGAGGCAGAAGAAAAGUUAACAAUAUUUAGAGCAGCAUUUCUCUCUUAAAGUCCGUGGUUGACUCCAACAAAUGGAG